AUGACGGACUCAAGCAUAGGUCCCCAGUCUACACCGGCAUUGGUGCCGCCUCGAUCGCCUCCAAAACAAUCCCAAGAUGCGAAAGAGGAUGAUUACAGAAAGAGCGAGGGAGACACGACGCAUGACUUGGAGAAAGGCUCAAGCAGCACCGUACCACCUCCAACAGAUACAGAGCGCUUCUUUGUAGAGUUCGAAGGACCCAACGACCCUGACAACCCAAAGAGCUGGACCCCAAAGCGAAGAUGGGGAAUCACUAUCUCCAUGGGCCUGAUGGUCUUUACAGUCACAUUCGCCAGCUCAAUAUUCAGUGUCAACAUUGGUGUUGUCCAGGAGAAGUUCAAUGUCGAACUGGUCACAGCUACUCUCGGUGUAGCACUAUUCGUUCUGGGUUUUGUAUUUGGUCCAAUUGCAUUUGGGCCGAUGUCAGAGGUCCUUGGUCGGAAAACCCCUCUAAUGUUCGGCUUCGCACUCUUUGCCAUCUUCCAGAUUCCAGUAGCCCUUGCGCAGAACAUUACAACAGUAUGCGUUGGCCGCUUCCUCGGUGGAUUCUUCGCCUCUGCACCUCUGGCAGUCGUAGGUGGAGCUCUUGCAGACUUGUGGGAUCCAAUUCCCAGGUCUUAUGCCAUUUGUGUUUUUGCCGCUGGUGGAUUCGCUGGGCCGGUAGCAGGCCCUAUUGCCGGUGGUUUCAUCACAGAAUCGCACCUUGGAUGGCGAUGGACAUCGUGGAUUACCCUGAUAAUGGCUGGCUUGUUUGGGGUCCUUGGUUUCUUUGUCAUUCCGGAGACUUCAGCCGCCAGGAUAUUACAGUUGCGGGCCGCCAGGUUGCGGAAGGAGACGGGCAACGGCAAGUACCACGCUGCAGCGGAUGAGAACAAGUUGACUGUCGACAAAGUGGUAAAUGUCUACCUCUUGAGACCCUUCAUCAUGUUCAUUCAGGAGCCAAUCUUAGCACUUGUAACAGCCUACAUGAGCUUUUUGUACGGUAUCGUCUACCUACUGUUCGAGGCAUUCCCUGUGUCAUUUCACGAAGAACGUGGCUGGUCUUUAGGAGUCUCUCAGCUGCCAUUUGGUGCCUUCAUUGUCGGCAUUCUACUGGGGGCUGGCUGCAUCGCUUAUAGUUCCGCCACCAACUUUACGCGCGCAUUCCAUAAACACGGCAAGAUCAUUCCGGAGGAACGCUUACCGCCCAUGAUCGUUGGGGCCGUCGCGCUGCCAGUCGGUCUCUUUUGGUUUGCCUGGACUAGCAACCCAAACAGCACGUGGGUACCACAGGUGCUUUCUGUCGCUCUCCUCGGUUUUGGCUGCAUGGUACCCUUCUGGCAAGGUAUGAGUUACCUCAUCGACUGCUAUGGCUUCUACUCCAACAGCGCCAUCGCGGUCAAUACGUUCAUCCGUUCUUUCGCGGGGGCUUUCUUCCCACUGUUCACGCAUGUCAUGUACCACAGACUUGGUGUACCUUGGGCAAGUAGUCUUCUAGGCUUUAUCUGCGUAGUUUUUAUUCCUGUGCCUAUUCUUUUCUAUAUCUACGGUGCGAGGAUAAGGACAAAGAGCAAGUGGGCGCCGACAGCAUAA